AUGGUUCAUGAAGAUGAAAUAGCAACAUUUCUAGAACCUCUUGAAAUAAGUAAGAAACAGUUUGUGUUCUUUGCACUAAAUGACAAUGAUACGCCAGACAUGGCCGGUGGUUCUCACUGGAGUCUCCUAGUUUAUUCAAAACCUGAAGCCUGUUUUUACCAUUUGGAUUCAUCAUAUGUGAGCAAUCAUAAAGCUGCCUGGGAACUUGCUAGUCAUCUGAUACCUUAUCUAUCAAAGGGUAACAUCAAUUUUGUAACUAAAGAUUGUUUGCAACAGAGCAAUGGCUAUGACUGUGGAGUCUAUGUCCUAUGCAAUGCUGAGCGGCUUGCUCACCAUGCACAUCUAACAGGACAGAUAGCCAGCUGUGAAAUGCUUGACAAGAUCAGCCCCUCUGCUAAAAGGAAAGAAAUAUUAAACUUAAUCUACAGCCUCGCUGACUCCUAA